AUGGCGAAGGCCAAGGAGAAGCGGGAAAUGAAUGCCCAUCCCUUCCUGUUCGAGGACUCUUUCCAGGUCAAGAAUGUGGACGACUCGCGGUUCGAGCGAGCCGGUCGGAUGGACUGCGAGUCCAUUGCCUUCACCACGAACAAUCUCGAGAUAGAUAUCAACCACAUCAUCUACCCAGUCCAGGGUGGGGACCAGAUCUACGUUGCGAUCACCCGCAACGUGAGCCCUGCGGAUGAUCCCAGGAAGCUCAAUACCGCGUACGACCACGAUCCUCGCCUUCUCGGGCGCUCGGUAAUGGACCACUUUGACUACGUCAUGUAUGGCAAGGUCUAUAAGAAGGAAGUCAAGAAGGAAGAGAACAUGGCAACGGUCUGGGCAUCCUAUGGCGGGCUUCUGAUGAAGCCCGGGGGCUCAGUGAUUGUUUCUUGCGAGACUUUGGUACUUCUGCCCCUUCUGCUCCCCCGAGCCAGAAGAUUCCAGAAGAUUCCAGAAGAUUCAGAAACACCUGAGAAUGGGAAAGGAGUCAGCAGUAGAUCCUACUUCGAGGAUCAACCACAACCAAACAUGGAUCAAACACAACCUAUCCCGCAUCAACAACAAGUUAUGCUCGGGGGUAUCUGUGUUUUCUGUAGAUGUCAAAAAAGGAAGUAG